AUGGGGAAUGGAGAGAGGAGCAGGAGCAGGAGAGACCAUGGGGAAUGGAGAGAGGAGGAGGAGCAGGAGAGACCAUGGGGAGUGGAGAGAGGAGGAAGAGCAGGAGAGACCAUGGGGAGUGGAGAGAAGAGGAAGAGCAGGAGAGACCAUGGGGAAUGGAGAGAGGAGGAAGAGCAGGAGAGACCAUGGGGAGUGGAGAGAGGAGCAGGAGCAGGAGAGACCAUGGGGAAUGGAGAGAGGAGGAGGAGCAGGAGAGACCAUGGGGAGUGGAGAGAGGAGGAAGAGCAGGAGAGACCAUGGGGAGUGGAGAGAAGAGGAAGAGCAGGAGAGACCAUGGGGAAUGGAGAGAGGAGGAAGAGCAGGAGAGACCAUGGGGAGUGGAGAGAGGAGGAAGAGCAGGAGAGACCAUCGGGAGUGGAGAGAAGAGGAAGAGCAGGAGAGACCAUGGGGAGUGGAGAGAGAGAGGAAGAGCAGGAGAGACCAUGGGGAGUGGAGAGAAGAGGAAGAGCAGGAGAGACCAUGGGGAGUGGAGAGAAGAGGAAGAGCAGGAGAGACCAUGGGGAGUGGAGAGAAGAGGAAGAGCAGGAGAGACCAUGGGGAGGGGAGAGAGGAGGAAGAGCAGGAGAGACCAUGGGGAGUGGAGAGAAGAGGAAGAGCAGGAGAGACCAUGGGGACUGGAGAGAGGAGGAAGAGCAGGAGAGACCAUGGGGAGUGGAGAGAGGAGGAAGAGCAGGAGAGACCAUCGGGAGUGGAGAGAAGAGGAAGAGCAGGAGAGACCAUGGGGAGUGGAGAGAGGAGGAAGAGCAGGAGAGACCAUGGGGAGUGGAGAGAAGAGGAAGAGCAGGAGAGACCAUGGGGAGUGGAGAGAAGAGGAAGAGCAGGAGAGACCAUGGGGAGUGGAGAGAAGAGGAAGAGCAGGAGAGACCAUGGGGAGGGGAGAGAGGAGGAAGAGCAGGAGAGACCAUGGGGAGGGGAGAGAGGAGUAUGAGCAGGGGGCAGGAGGACCCAUGGGGAGUGGAGAGAGGAGGAACCAUGGGGAGUGGAGAGAGGAGGAACCAUGGGGAGAGGAGAGAGGAGAAGGAGGCAGGAGGACGCAUGGGGAAGAGGAGCAGGAGGGACCAGGAACUGGAGAGAGGAGGAGGGGCAGGAGCAGGAGGCACUAGGAGCUGGGAAGAGAAGAAGGAGCAGGAGGGAGCAGGCAAGAAGCUUUCAAAUUUGGGUAAAGCUGAACUGGAGAAAGUGCACGGGGGGGGGGGGGGGGGGGGGGGGGGGGGGGGGGGAGGGGGGGGGGGGGGGGGGGGGGGGGGGGGGGGGGGGUAA